UGAUCGAGGAGCAUCAUGGACUUCAACGUGAAGAAACUGGCGUCGGACGCAGGAGUGUUCUUCACCAGGGCCGUGCAGUUCACGGAGGAGAAACUGGGUCAGGCUGAGAGAACCGAGCUGGACCAGCACCUGGAGAACCUGCUCACUCGAGCUGAUGGAACCAAGAACUGGACCGAGAAGAUCCUGAGACAAACGGAGGUGCUGCUGCAGCCCAACCCAAGUUCUCGAAUCGAAGAGUUCAUCUACGACAAACUGGACAAGAAGCUUCCGUCCAGGACGACCAACGCAGAGCUGCUGGGACAACACAUGCUGGACGCGGCUCAGGAGUUCGGUCCAGAGACGCCGUACGGUAGCACCCUGGUCAUAGUGGGAGAGUACCAGAAGAAACUGGGAGGAGCCGAGCGUGACUUCCUCCAGACCUCGGCCGCCUCCUUCCUCACUCCUCUACGGAACUUCCUGGAAGGAGACUGGAGGACGAUCUCCAAAGAGAGGAAGCUUCUGGACAAUCGACGGCUGGAUCUCGACAUCUGCAAAGCCCGUCUGAAGAAAUCCAAGCUGGCAGAAGCUAAAGCUGCAGCUGCACCUGACUUCCAGGAGACGAGGCCUCGAAACUACGUCCUCUCCGCCAGCGCGUCAGCGCUGCUGAGCGAGGAGGUGGAUAAAGCCGAGCACGAGCUGCGAGUCGCUCAGACCGAGUUCGACCGACAGGCUGAGGUCACUCGCCUCCUGCUGGAAGGAAUCAGCAGCACACAUCUCAACCACCAGAGAUGUUUGCAGGACUUCGCGGAGGCUCAGGCGACGUUCUACGCUCAGUGUCACCAGCUCAUGGUGGAGCUGCAGCAGGAGCUCCACAGAUGUUCCGGCGGCGGCGGCGGCGGCGGCGGCGCCCCCCCCCAGGCCUCCUCCUUCCUGUCUGGCCCUCCGUCUCCGGGGGGGGGGGCGGGGUCCCCUGGCCAGGCCGCGGUGGGCACGCUGGCGGUGGAGCAGAGCCAGUUCCCAGUCACAGGAACCAGGAAGGCCAAGGUGCUCUAUGACUACGACGGCCACGGGGUCAGCGAGCUGAGCCUCCUGGCGGACGAGAUCAUCACCGUCCACACCGUCCCAGGGAUGGAUCCUGAUUGGUUGAUUGGAGAACGAGGCAACGAGAAGGGCAAAGUUCCCGUCACCUACCUCGAGCUGCUGAGCUAAUGGACACACACACACACAGACACACAC